CUUUUCCUAUAGUGCCAGUACUAGCUAGAUCUAGGACAGCGUAUCCGUCGUAACGGGCACACAUCGAACGGCUACAAAAUCAAACACCCAAACAAGUAGGAGGCUAGCAGAAAAGAAAAUCGCUACCUUUACCACUAACCAUAAACCGCAGCAGCAUGGGCAUCACACUCGCAGCUCGCUAGCUUCACAUAUCGAACCAAGCUGGCGAGCCAGGCGCACACACGCCAAUCUCCCACUCCACUCCCACACGGCUGCACACACACCCACACCCCACUGCACUUCACAAUGCACCACUCGCAGCCGCAGCUCGCCAUCGCUCUCCUCUUCGUCGUCGUCGUCGCGCUCCCCCUCGUGAUGGCGGCCGGCAAGGCGGCCCCGGCGCCCGCGGCCGCAGCGCCUCCCAACGCGACGGCAGCGAUGGCGAAGGGCGGGUGCAAGGCCUUCGCGGACCUGAUCGCGGCCUCGCCCGACGCGGCGUCCACGUACCAGUCGGCCGCGGACGGCGGCGUGACGGUGUUCUGCCCCUCGGACGCCGCCGUCCGGGCCUUCAUGCCCCGGUACAAGAACCUCACGGCCGACGGGAAGGCGUCCCUGCUGCUGUUCCACGCCGUGCCCGUGUACUACUCUCCCGGGAGCCUCAAGUCCAACAACGGCGUCAUGAACACGCUGGCCACCGACGGCGCGUCCAAGAACUUCAACUUCACGCUGCAGAACGAGGGGGAGGCCGUCGCCAUCAAGACGGGCGCCUCGCCGGGGGGCGGCGUCGCGCGUGUCGAGGCCACGGUGAUGGACAGGGACCCCGUGGCCGUGUACCGGCUCGACGCGGUGGUCGAGCCCCUGGAGCUCUUCAAGCCCGUCCCGGCGCCCGCGCCCGCGCCUGCCCCGGCGGCGGACGCGCCCAGGGCUGGCAAGGGUGGUGCCGCUCGGCGCCACCCUGCCGCGCCCGCCGUCGCGGACGCGCCGGGCCCUGACGCCGACGAUGACACUGCUCCGGCCGACAAGAAGAAGGAUUCCAAGAAGAGCGCCGCGGCGCCCGGCGCGCCGCGCUUCCGGUGGUUCGCCGCGGCGUUGGCGGCCGUGGCCGUGGCCUCCGUGCUGGUUUAGCCUUAGGGUAUCUCUUCCCCUCUUUGGUGUGAUCAAUUGGCGUGUGGCCCGACCGUGGUGUGGUUGUGACGGCGUGUUCAUGUGAUUUUCGAGAUCGAUUUGUGCUUCCUUCUCAGAAGAAAUAGUUGUGUGUUUUUUCUUCUUCUUUUUGGAUAGAUGUUCUUCUCUGUUUGCCAUUGCUAAUUUGCAACCUGCUCGUGCUAUUACAAACAAGAUCACGAAGGUCAUGGUUCCGUACUUCCGUCUUA